CGACCGUAAUGUCACAACAGGAAGUCUCCUCCUCUUCUACUCCCAGAUUCCUGCCCGCCAAGUCAUGGCAACAUUUUGUUGCAGGAGGGUAAAUCUAUAAGCUCUGUCAAAUACUCUAAGGCCGCUCAUUUAGUGACUUUUCAUUCUUUGUAGACUAGGAGGAAUGUGCGGGGCCAUAGUGACGAGCCCAUUUGACGUCGUCAAGACCCGGUUACAGUCUGACCUUUUUCGCAAGAAACAUGCAAUGAGCGUCGUCGGUGGCGGAGGUGCUGGAUCAGUUGUCGUUGGUGCUCCCCGGAGCAAUCUACUUUACAACUUCGUGGAGACCGGUCACAUAUUACGAGAUAUAUAUCGAGAAGAAUCCCCUCGCGCACUGUUCAAAGGUCUCGGUCCGACCCUAGUCGGCGUAAUACCUGCUCGCUCUAUCAACUUCUUCACCUACGGCAACGGCAAACAAAUCAUCGCAAACACCUUCAACGACGGAAAAGAAAACAGCUACGUACACCUCUGCGCUGCAGCUGUAGCCGGAAUCGCCACGGGCUCAGCUACAAAUCCAAUAUGGGUAGUCAAAACACGUCUGCAAUUAGAACAGCAUUCCCGCAGUAAUCCUGUCUUGGGUACUACCACUACGCCUACUGCACAACAGCGGCUCGCAGGGGGGAGCUGGAUAAUGAUCAAGAAGAUAAUGCGGGACGAAGGGAUACGAGGGUUCUACAAAGGCUUGAGUGCCAGCUAUCUAGGUGUCACCGAGGGAACUAUACAAUGGGUGCUCUAUGAACGUUUCAAGAAACUCUCAGCCGGUGCAGAGAGUCAAGGUGGUGUUCAAGCAUGGUGCAGCAUGCUCGGCAGCGCAGGAUCUGCUAAAUGUAUAGCAACACUGAUAACAUAUCCUCAUGAGGUUAUCCGUACACGACUUCGCCAGCCUAGUAUCAAUGGCUUCAUGAAAUACACCGGUCUGCUACAAACACUGCGGCUGGUGAUAGCUGAAGAAGGCGCACGUUCAUUAUACAGUGGGCUCAGUGCUCAUCUUAUGCGUGUCGUGCCUAAUGCAGCUGUCAUGUACUCCAUCUACGAGGGGAUUCUUCGAUGGGGCGCAUGAUUCGUUUUAUCCCCAUCCCUCAUCUACACGGUUCUCUCCCUCUCUUGCAUUAUUUAGGUGUGCUUACCCCUAUCUAAGUUAUGCCUUUGAUCCGGUCUUAUACCAUCAUCAUCAUCCCCCGCAUCCUCACAUUCCCUGUGUGCCCCUUUCCACAUACACAACCCUCAUCAACACCAUUCCACUCCCCUCCUCAUUUUAAUCCGAUAAUGCAAAAGUAUCAUCUAGAUAUCACACGUCUUAAGUCCAUUAUUGCCCCGUACAAUCCAAUCCAAUCCCCAUCUCAUAUUCCACCACCUACCUACACACAUAUUUACAGUACAUCACGGUUUUACAUAUUUACGUUUUUGCUUGUUUGUAUUUUUACAUAUGCACUUGGGCUUUAAUGUGAUGCUAGUA